CUGAUCUCGACAGUGAUGGGGACUCGAGCGAGUGCUGAGAAAAUGAGCAACAUCCCCCUCUCUCGCUCUGAGGUGUUUGGGGAGCUGAGGAAAGAGCUGCAUGAAGAUGAAGAGUUCCAUCAGUCCGACGCUCACAUCUUCAUAAUCAUGGGAGCAUCGGGAGAUCUGGCUAAGAAGAAAAUCUACCCAACUCUUUGGUGGUUGUUCAGAGAUGGCCUCCUCCCUGAGCAGACCUAUUUCGUGGGCUUUGCUCGCUCUGACUUGACAGUUGAUGCCAUUCGGUCUUCUUGCAUGCCAUACAUGAAGGCGGCAGAUACAGAAGCAGAGCGGUUGUCGGCCUUCUUCAGCAGGAACACUUACAUCAGUGGGAAAUACGCAGAUGAAGGUUCCUUCUCCAAACUCAACACACACAUUCUCUCUCUGCCCGGAGGACCUGAGGCAAACCGUCUCUUCUACCUGGCGCUGCCGCCCACCGUCUACCACGAUGUUACCAAGAACAUAAGGCACUGCUGUAUGAGCACAAAAGGCUGGAACCGGGUGAUCGUAGAGAAGCCGUUUGGACAUGACCUUCAGAGUUCUGAGGAGCUGUCCACUCACCUGUCCUCCCUCUUCACUGAAGAACAAAUCUACCGGAUAGAUCACUAUCUGGGCAAGGAAAUGGUGCAGAACCUCAUGGUGCUCAGGUUUGGGAACCGCAUCUUUGGGCCGAUCUGGAACAGAGACAGUGUGGCCUGUGUUGUUCUCACCUUCAAAGAACCAUUCGGCACUCAGGGACGAGGAGGCUACUUUGAUGAUUUUGGCAUCAUCCGCGAUGUCAUGCAGAACCACUUGCUCCAGAUGCUCUGCCUGGUUGCCAUGGAGAAGCCAGCAUCCACCAGCUCUGAUGAUGUCAGGGAUGAAAAGGUGAAGGUGCUGAAGUGCAUCGCUCCAGUGUCCAUGUCUGAUGUGGUGCUGGGUCAGUAUGUGGGGGAUCCAGAGGGUGAGGGAGAAGCCAAACUGGGUUAUCUUGAUGAUCCCACAGUUCCUAAAGGAUCGACUCAGGCCACCUUUACCUGCGCUGUACUAUAUGUGCACAACGAACGCUGGGAUGGUGUUCCUUUCAUCCUUCGCUGUGGAAAGGCUCUGAACGAGAGGAAAGCCGAGGUACGGCUGCAGUUCACAGACGUUCCAGGGGACAUUUUUGGAGAUAUGUGUCGCAGGAAUGAGCUUGUGGUGCGCGUACAGCCCAACGAGGCCGUCUACGCCAAGAUGAUGAGCAAGAAACCCGGCGUAUACUUCAGCCCUGAGGAAACUGAGCUGGACCUCACCUACAAGAGUAGAUACAAGGAUGUAAAACUUCCAGACGCUUACGAACGCCUCAUUCUGGAUGUCUUCUGUGGGAGUCAGAUGCACUUUGUACGCAGUGAUGAACUAAGGGAAGCAUGGAGGAUCUUCACACCUCUUCUUCAUCAGAUAGACAAAGAGAAGCCCAAACCCAUUCCUUACAAAUACGGAAGCCGUGGCCCAGCCGAAGCAGACGACCUUACACAGAAAGUUGGAUUUCGCUAUGAAGGCACUUACAAAUGGGUCAACCCUCACAAACUGUGAGUUGUGAUGAGAUGAGGGAGGAAUAGAGGUAGGAGGGGUGCUGCAGUCUGAGUCGUUUCAUGUUUCAUUACUGGAAUGUCUUCGGGGAAGGAGGUGCAAUUAUUCCUUGGAGCCAGUUCAUCAGACAUUCAAUAGGGUAGGGUUUUUUUAAAUUCAUACAUUCACAGCAACUUUUUAUGUUUCAUUUGAGAGGUGGGACCAAGUCAGAUGAAAAGGGGACAAAAAAAUCUUUAAAAAAAACUGAACCAGGGUAUUGCGAACAAAAAAUAACUGUCUGAUGAACUAGCUCCGUGUCCAUGUCUCUAUUAAUUAGGUCUUAAUUUGUCAGGAUUGUAAAUCGAACGGCCGAGUAACAAGCAGAGCAGAGCAACAACAAUACACGUAGCUGAGUCAUGCUCACCCAGUGUUAAGCACUGUACCAAAGAUGGUAACUGAACACAGCAGAGACGAGGAACAACAGGAGUGAUUGUUCUCCAGCUGUUACUCUUAUAAGCGUUGCGAUUGUAAUACCAAUAUGCUUUGACUGCAUUUAUUUAAUCACACUUAGUGGAAUUUCUUUUUACAACUUGCGUACUGUCUUUUUACCUCCUGCCAGGGACCAAGGCUGUUUAAGAUAAAUAGUCUUUGGUGUUUAAAGGGCAAUGCAGUCCGUUUCUUUUCAAAGCAUUCGUACUGGAAUAGUCUUAAGUAUCCUUACGGACAAGAAAAUGAGCUCUUUGUCUUGUUUAGUUAGCCUCCCUGGGAGCUUCAUUCCCUUUUUUUGUUUACUUUUUUUCCCACAAGUUUAUUUAAGUUGCUGAUGUUCAUUCCAUAUUUCAAAAUAUCCUGAGAGCAGCAGUGACUACCACAGGUCAAUAGUGAAUGUCUUUAUGACGUACUGUAUACUGCUGUUAACUGCACACUGGCAUGUAAAGCUAGCUACAUUUCCACUACUUUUAAUAAACUGCUUUUGCUUCUCUGUUAA